AUAACACCACCACCACCCCCGACCUCACGCUUUACCACAACCCCAUCACCACCCUCGACCUCACGCUCUACCACAACCCCACCACCACCCUCGACCUCACGCUCUACCACAACACCACCACCACCCCCGACCUCACGCUUCACCACAACCCCACCACCACCCUCGACCUCACGCUCUACCACAACACCACCACCACCCCCGACCUCACGUUUCACCACAACCCCAUCACCACCCUCGACCUCACGCUCUACCACAACCCCACCACCACCCCCGACCUCACGCUCUACCAUAACCUCAUCCGCAGACUUGGACCCCAAAUCUAGCCAGGGAGACGGAACCUUGAGUAACGACGCAGCCCUGAAACAAAGAGAUGAAAUCGGGUCUAUGGCUGUUGCUGGAUUAUGUCUAGUUGUAGUCAUUCUUCUAAUCAUCGCAGUUAAUGGAUUGCUAUUCUUCCGAUCAAAAUUAGGUUCACGAAGAGAGGUUCUUCACGCCCUUCAAAUGUAUUUGAUGAAGAAGGACCGUGUCAAUGAGGACGACGUCGAGGAUAACUUCAAAGAGGACGCUGACGUCGACAGGAAAACCAACUCGUCGACUUCGCUGAACAAAGAGAGCCCUGUCGACCAGCCCACCGAGAAGAACGGGGAUGUGCACGUGAAGGUCGAGGUCGAGGACAAUGCAGGGUCUUCUAAGAACAAAAACGAUGACGAAGAAUCUAAAACCCCGGUAGAGAAUGGUGACGGCAAAGACGCAACUGCUCCAGCUGCUACUGCUGUCGUCGACGAAAGCAAGAACCCAGAGGAACAAAUCGAGAAGAAUGAGAUUGUGGUUGAAGUCAUCUCUUCUUAACUUUCUUCUUCUUCUUCUUCUUCUUCUUCUUCUUCUUCUUCUUCUUCUUCUUCUUCUUCUUCUUCUUCUCCUUCUUCUUCUUCUUCCUCUUCU